AUGCGACCUUCCAUUGUCAGUUUGCCGCCGCCUGUCACCGGAUCCGAGCUCACCCAUAGCUACUUUACAAGAUGGAAAGACCCUGUAUUUCCAAGGUAUUUGGUCACUGUGGAAUCAUUUGAGGUAAUUGGGUUGGAAUUUGUGCCAAUAAUCAUCUUUCUAGUCUAUAUGCCCGGUGACAUGACAGCUCGUUUUGAAAAUGCAGAUGCCGAAAAUGAAGAAGAGCUAGCGUCGUGUAUGCUCGGUGUUGGAUUCUUCGUCGAUCGCAUGGCGACCUCACGCAGCUUCGAAUCUUUGUCGCAAGCAGAAAAGUGGGAUGCCGUUGACCAUCUCUUUUGGGACUGGUCCCCAGAACACCGAUAUAUAAUUGGAGUUUUCCGGGGUCAAGAGAUGUACUACGGGGCACCGCGAGUGUCCUCCCGUCCGUCGACGAACUGGCGCAAAUUAGUUACAUCAGCUGAUGACAAACGGCUUGGGAACCCGCACAUAUGGCUCAUAGGAGAUUCUAUACACUCAAUGUUUCCCUCAAGGGGAAUGGGUGGUAACCAAGCCAUGCGAGAUACGGCCGAUGCCUUGCCGUUACUAGUCCGAUUAGCAGAGACGGCAAAGACGACGGAAGAGCUGAAAGAGGCCGACAUAAUACAGGCUUGCGACAGGUAUGAGGGGGCUGUCAUACCUCGAGCUUUUGAAUGGGUGCAGAGGAGCGGGGGCAAGAAUCCAAUGGUAAGCGCCUUGUAA